CCUCCUCCUCGUUACUGACCCGCCCUGCGGGUUUCCCUGUGCCACUGCGGUGAAACCAACUGUAAAAGAGGAUCUGGUUAAAAAAGUAAACAACAGCCUGAAUAUCACGAGCGCCGUGUUUUGUAAUAGCGAGACCCCCAGUUUAUAUAGUUUUUAUUUUUCUUCUUUUCGUUCACAUCUCCGGGUCAACCUAUUUCAUCAUCCAACCGGUAAAAUGGGAAAUGAGGCAAGUUACCCCCUGGAAAUGUGCUCGCAUUUCGAUGCUGAUGAGAUUAAGCGUCUGGGAAAGAGGUUUAAGAAACUGGACCUUGAUAACUCUGGGUCCCUUAGCGUGGAGGAGUUCAUGUCCCUGCCUGAACUCCAGCAGAACCCGCUGGUCCAGAGGGUCAUCGACAUCUUCGACACCGAUGGAAACGGAGAGGUGGACUUCAAGGAAUUCAUUGAGGGAGUCUCACAAUUCAGUGUCAAGGGGGACAAGGAGUCAAAACUUCGGUUUGCCUUCCGGAUCUACGACAUGGACAAGGAUGGCUACAUCUCCAACGGAGAGCUCUUCCAGGUGCUGAAGAUGAUGGUAGGAAACAACCUGAAGGACACCCAGCUGCAGCAGAUCGUGGACAAGACCAUCAUCAACGCAGACAAGGACGGAGACGGCAGGAUAUCCUUUGAAGAGUUCUGCUUAGUGGUGGGUGGCCUUGACAUACACAAAAAGAUGGUGGUAGACGUGUGAGCAUGUCCCUCCGCUCCUCUCCCUCCCCUCUGCUUUCUUCUCCAUCGGUCUCUGAAGAUCUGCUCAAGACGUCUGGCAAACACUUCGUGUAUCAAUGGAAGUAUUCUCUCUCCCCGUGAAGCCACUUCUUUUCCACCUAAACAAGCCACAAGCUUCGCGAAGCCAAUUUAGUUGUGUUAUUGAACUCUGAUCCUCUCGAUAACCUGAAGGACAGCUAUUUUUGUUUGUAAGAGCAUCCCAGUUUGAGGGAGGGAGGGGAAAGGUUGGCUUGAUUAUAUUUUGUCAAUUUUUUUUUGUAAUGUUAUUUUUUUUAAAUAUUUAUUUUCGUUCUGGUCUGUGUUUUUUUUAUAGACAAAGUAUAUCUAUAAAUGUUUAUUUAGUGGGGAAAUGUGUCAUUAUCUGAGGUGUUGCGUUUAAAUAAUAUACUUGAUUUGGGUUACAAUUCAAAACGUAGGGUAUAAAGUGCCAACCAGGACAUAUGGUAUUGUUAUUAUUAAGUAUCCACCAUUGCGGUCAGUGAUGGACUGGUCGGUCUGUGAUGAGUCAAACGCUCGCUGCAAGAUCACUAAUGGUUAGCUGCAAAUUUCAUUUUCUAAAAUAAACAGCAGUUUCUUUUGCACUAUUUGACUCCUGAGCAGGUUGGAUUAGAUAAAUUAAGACAUUUGACUCCUGAGCAGGUUGGAUUAGAUAAAUUAAGACAUUUGACUCCUGAGCAGGUUGGAUUAGAUAAAUUAAGACAUUUGACUCCUGAGCAGGUUGGAUUAGAUAAAUUAAGACAUUUGACUCCUGAGCAGGUUGGAUUAGAUAAAUUAAGACAUUUGACUCCUGAGCAGGUUGGAUUAGAUAAAUUAAGACAUUUGACUCCUGAGCAGGUUGGAUUAGAUAAAUUAAGACAUUUGACUCCUGAGCAGGUUGGAUUAGAUAAAUUAAGGCAUUUGACUCCUGAGCAGGUUGGAUUAGAUAAAUUAAGACAUUUGACUCCUGAGCAGGUUGGAUUAGAUAAAUUAAGCUUCCGAUCACAUUAAACAUACCUGUUGGAAGUUUAGAGUGAUGGGCUGUUUUAUUAUAUGUUUAUACUUUGAGAUUAUUAUUCUAAGCGUAGAGAUAGACGCCAAGAAUGUGAUGUCUUGGCAUACUUAUUUGUAUUUUACUUACUUUAACGACACGUUUUUACGUUGAACCAUAUGACAAUCCCCCAAUGCAAAGUAAAUGGGCGGCAGGUAGCCUAGCAGUCAGAGGCGAGCCAGCAACCGGAGGGUUGCUAGUUUGAAUCCCGGGUCUGACGGGAAAAAUCUGAAGGGAAGUGAGCUGGUAACCAGAGGGUUGCUGCUGGUGUCAAAUCCUAGAUGGCAUAACCUGCCGUUGUACCCUUGAGCAAGACCCUUAACCCUCCCCCCACAGCAACUGCUCCAUGGGCGCCGUAGUAUGGCAGUCCCCUGCUCUAACCUGUGUGUGUGUGUCUUGGGAUAAAGUCAAAUGUUCUGUUGCACCUUGUGUACAAUUGAACAAAUAAAAGGAUCUUGUACAGCUUGAUCACUCAAGUUCAAAAAAAUAAUCUCUAUAACAUGGACCAUCUAUGUAUUUGUAUUUUAUUAUAUCUUAAACUGAGGAAUAUCCUAAAAUAUCGAGAUGAGAAAGAUUUAAUGAAUGUCAGUGAGUUAUUGAGGGAAUAUAGAAUGUUAUGGCAUGUUAUUGAGACUCAACUGCAGGCAGCAUAGUAACUGUAUAUUAGGUCAAUGUUUGCUCAUCUUAGUAGAGAGAGAGGCUGCAGCAGCCAAUGUCAACCGCCCCCCCCCCAUCAAUAGUGCAUUUACAGUACAGGGUUCUUUCUAAUACAACAACGGAGUUACUCGUAAACGCUUGACAUGAUUAAUGGACAUACGGUACAUUUGAGAGUACAUUAGAAAGUGAAGAUUUAAGAAUCUAUCACGAUCGCCUCAUCGGUCCUCUCCCUCCAUGGUAUUCACAGUAGGGAGACUGACACAAGUUUAAGGUGAAUUGGGCAUCCCGAGAAUAUAAUUGUAACAAAAUGGCGGCGGGUUGUAUUUUAAUGAUUUGAUAGUUGGUUUGGAAACCAUUGUUUUUAGUGAGACGUCUCAAAUGCCUCCCUGCAUAGUGUACUACUUUUUAACCAGGGCCCAUAGCUCAGGUCAAAAUGAGUGCAUCAUAUAGGGCACUGUACAAGUGGCUUUUCUUGGGCCUCCUAUGUUUGCAUGAUGAUUUUCCUUGUGCAUGUAGAUGAUCCAUUUAAAUAAUCCUUGCUAAAACACGUGAAUGGUGAGGUCAGUAAUAACGAUAUUUAAUCAUCUACUGGGAAACAUAUUGGAUUUUGUCCCAACUUUGUUAAAAUGUUCACAUUAUGGAGCAGUAAUCCAAACAGACUGAACUACAUGUUAACUUUGUAUUCCCCCCGGAUCAGCGCGAUGGGGAUUCUAUUCCUGUAAAAAGCUGGUCCCAAAGUCAACUGCCACUCACUGUACUCGACACGGUUUUGUAUAGAAGCUUUCCAUUCCGUUAUCUAUAUAGUUCAGAUUAUAGUUCUGCAAGUACUACUUUCUCUUAUUUUCUUUGAAGGGGACUCGGUGCUCUUUUAGUUAUGUGUGGAAACUGAAACGGUUUAAGUUUGACUAAUAGUUAUUCUCCCCUUUCUCUGCAUGGUGCAUCUGAUGCUGUGGGACUGUUGGAAACUUGAUAUUGUAUGAAAAUUAAAAAAUAAAACACUUUGAAACAUUUUAA